UUCUCCUUCCGGGAAGAAGUAGGGGAUAUCCAGUGAUUACAUCAACGUCAGUAGGAUGCUAUAAAAACACAGCCUUGGCUGGGAUUCUCAGAGAAGAUGUUACCUAUAGCGUCCUGAUGUUUCUGCCUGCUCGGGGACACAGGUGAAUAUCUCAGAAGCAGCUGAUUUAAGUUCCGAGGAAACAUCAAAGUAGUGAUUACUUGUAACUGCCUGGUCAUUCUUCGUUUGAAAUUCCAUCUUUAUCGCAGUGAUUGACAACGAGUCAGAAUGCUACGAAGUGCAUCUCAUUCACAAAAUAAUCCGACAUUCUCAAACCGUAAACCCCUUCUAAGCCACUGGCUAAUUCAGCAGAUAGAUAGUGGAGAAUACCCAGGCCUCUACUGGCUGGAUACCAAUCGCACCAAGUUUCGUAUUCCCUGGAAGCAUAUUUCACGGAGUGACAUUUCUCCAAAUGACUACAAGCUGUUUAUGGCCUGGGCUUCAGUUACUGGAAAAUACAAUGGUCUACAAAGUGAGUUUAACCCAGCAACAUGGAAAAGCACAUUCCGAUCUGCACUGUUCAGCUGUGGCAGAUUUAAGAAAUUAGAAAAUAAUGUAGACAAUCCCGUUGACCCUCAUAAAGUUUAUGAGGUCAUCAGUAGUUCCAGUACCUCUUGUAGGAGAGGGGCUGCAUGUGGACAACAACUUCUACAGAAUAAUAUUCCUGAAAAGGGAAUGCCACUUCACAGCUUACCAAGUUAUGCAAAUGACCCUUUGGUACAUGGAUACAACCCAGAAGUUCCACUGCUUGAAAUACCAUGUUAUGGAGUCCUGGAGCAUGAGCAAAUCCCAGUGCAGAAUGCCUACAAUCCCACCAUGUCUUCUAGUCAGUCAACAUAUGAGCAACCUGACCAAAGAAUGAAUGGCUUCAGAACAGAACUACCUAAUAGGAGACCACUGGAAGCAACAGCAUCAACGGUUCUUGAAGCUGCCGCACUGUCAAUUAGACCAGAACCAUUCAGUUCUCAGCUAGAAUACAACAUUCCUACACAGCACUGUUACACAGGUCCUGCACUAAAUCAUUUGGAAUUCAUUGUUAACUACAGGAAAACAGAAGUGCUGCACACGUACAGUAGAGGUUUCAACAUCUACCAGUUAUGUUACAAACAUGACAUAUGCUAUGGUCAACAGAUUCAUUUCCCCAGCCCAGAGACUCUUCCAAGUAAAAAACAAGUUUCCUUUACUAAGAAGAUUCUUGACAAUAUCAAGAAUGGUCUCCUUAUUGAAAUUAAGAAGAAGGGUGUUUUUGCCAAGAGGCUUGGAGAAAGCCAUGUCUACCAUCUGCUUGAAGAUCUGCCAGAUAAAACAAAUGAGAUUCAAACUAUCAACUUGCUGCCUCGGAAUGAAGAGCGCAAGAUAUUUUGUUUUGAAAAGUUUUUACAUGAUUUAGAAAACUUCAAGAAGAAAAAGGCCACCUCUCCAAAAUUUGAAAUAUACCUCUGUUUUGGACAGCGAAUGCAUGAUCUGCAGCAUAAGGAAAAAAAGCUGAUUUUAGUAAAGAUUGUACCUAAAUUCUGCAGUUACCUUUAUGAAGUGGCACAGCGUGAGGGUGCAUCUUCUCUGAACAGUGACACGGUCAGCCUACAGAUCUCAAACAAUAGCUUAUACGAUAUCAUUGAUUCCUUUUUAAAUUCCAUGGAUGUGGACAUGAAUGUAGAAUGUUUUCCAAACCUUUGAGGAAUAAGUGCUUUCAUUAAUGUUAGAAGCUCUAUCAGCACUCUCCAGAUGCAACAAAGAAAAUUCUGUUAAAGCAAGAAACACCCGAAGUAUAUACAUGGCUGCCUGCUGUAUAUGAUCAACGUUUUUAUUUAUGGUAAUGGGGAGUACACUGACUACUUCUGGAAACAAGGCCAGGCCUUCAGAAUAUUAUUCAGAUGACUCACUUCUGAGCUUCCAAGUAACACAAAGCAGUCUUUUUCUUAAUUACAUAGGCUAUGAGUUCUGUGUCUCGCAUUCAGACGUUUUAACCUUUUUAGCAGCAAACUCAUGAACUGUCAUUUCAGAGCCAGUCCCAAAUUCCUUUUCAGUGAGACAGGAACCAUCAAGCUAGAUUCAUUUAAUGGGCAGUUGUUCCAGUUGUAUCUAACUUAUCUCAAGGUUUUGUGAACUUAAUUUUGGGAGUAUACUCCUGCCUGGGGAUAUGGUGAGUGUCUCACAAGUAAAAAUAAUUUUGAUGAAAUGGGUUUCGUGGUUUUUGACACUUUGAAAAGUCAGUCAAGGGCAAGAGCCAUAUCCAUUUAGAAACAGUACUGGGCAUUUUUCAUAUCAUGCAGCUUGUUUAACCUCUUAGCUCUGUAACAACUUUCAAAUAGUUAAUAUUAGUACUUGUGUCUCCUCUCCCCUCUUCUUUUACCAUUUGUUCAUCAUAUUCUUGGGAUGCUAUUCAUUUGUGUCCUUUUAUAAUCUUCAUAUGAUCCCACAUUCAAGCCCUAACUGUUUAGGAGCUCAGUUAAAAGAUGGCAUUUUACCUUUUAACCCCUUUUGAUGCCUUUCAGUCUGACUUUCACCUUAAUCUGUUAAGGUUCAAUGUAAAUGGCGUAAAAGUGAAUGAAAGAUAAAAUAUUUUGUAAGAUAUUUUCACACCCUUGAAAGCCCACUAGACAGCAUUAUGUUCCAUAUGUCACUAAAUACAGUGCCCUCUUAUAAAUAUCUGUAACACACUUAACCAUCAUAUCUACUUCACCAAAAAUAAAUUGUUUAAUACUACAUUCCACCACAGGUUUGUCUUACUUUUUCACAAGAUACUUCCACGUUUUCUGGGAGCAGUUCACUUUUUCUGAUGUCACUGCUAACUGAAAUGCUGUUGAUAGAAAAUUGUAAACUUUUUUGCUGCCUUGGCUUACUGUUUGAAAACAGCAAUUGGUUGAUGCAGACAGGGUUGUCCCUCCCACCCUUGGGAAAUAUUUAUUUAAUAUAUGCAUUUGAAAGUUAUCUUUCUGGCAUUCCAUUAUGCGUUGCAUAUACAACUGUUUCAGUAACAGUGCCAAGUCACUUGGGACAAAUUGACAUAAUGUCUUAUUUGAUUACAGUGAUGUUGUGCUCACUGUGACCUCUUCCAUUUUACAACUCAAGGCUCUGUGCAGUCAUUUUAGUUUGUCUGCUAUAUUCUACAAGUUUGGGACCAACUGUGCCCCAUAUGACCAGUGUAUAACUAUUAGCUCAAAUUCUGAAGAAGCUGGUGAGGGUGAAAUGGGACUGACUGAGGCUUACUCACCCAUCGACUAUUGAUAGUCCUGCAACAGGACCAAAAUAUGGGUGAAUGCAUAAAAUUACAGCUCCAUGCACACAAAUUUAAUAGUAUGCAAGCCACUCUAUUUGGGAGUGUUUACAUGCCCCAACCUAAGUAUAUUGGCCAUGGAACAUUGUCUCUGGCCUACAAGGGGAGUGUGUUAGGGACUUACAAAAUAUAUUUUUUUAAUUCUCCCCCUUUCCAUAUGACAGCCUUGUUUGAUGGUUCUUGCCUUCCUCUCUGUAGAUCAUUAUAUAUAAUGUUCCUAUUGAGCCACUGUAGCUAGAUAGCACAUGCAUGUUAGUACUGAGCACGUGCGAGAACAGUGCCAUUUUGUGCAGUCAGCCAGAGCGAAUGCAGGCAGGAAUGGAAAUGCAUUUCCGAGUGUGUUUGAAGUAACGUGUGAAUCAUUUAACUUGAAUAUAUGUUCCAAUUACAGUUCCUGACAAUGUUUAUGUACAGUAAAUAUCUUGAACCCAUACACUGCUUCAUCGUCUCUUUUGAAUGCACGAGACAAGCAACAUGGUCUCAGAAGUGGGAUGUCUAAAACAACAUGGUGCCAGAAAAUUAUCUGAAGUUGAAACAACACACACAAGCAAUGAGGCACAUGGUUAGAAGUGGAGGAAUAUGUCAGAGUGAACUCACAAACAGGUCAGCAGUUAUUCAAAGGUACUUAAAUUUGUUACUCAUUCACUCUGGCGCAGCUCAGAAAAAGCAGCCUGCUUAAUGCCACCAUAGGAACAACAGUGCAGCCUGAGCUCAUUUUCAGAAAAUCCAUUUGUAAUACCAUACAGAAAACAAAUGUUCAGAACUCUUUAACU